CCCGGCCCCCCCCCAGGCACCGCCCCAUGCCCCCGAGACCCGAGCUGUAUGGACCGCCUCUGUCGGCGAGGACCCGCAAGGACUCCGCGGACGUGCGACGCCGCGAGCAUCGGGAAGUCCGCGAGGCGGCCAGAGAGGCCUUCUGCGGCCCUCGUGGCGGCGCGCACCGCCGGCGCCGGCGCCCCGCGGGGCUCCUCGGCGCCGGCGCCGUCGCGGGCCUGGGAGCCGCCGGACGAGCCCGGGGACGCUGCGGGCGCCGGCGGCGGCAGGCUCUGGCACGGCCGGGGCUUCUUCGUGCAGAUCGAGCGGUGCGCGGGCAUCGCAGGCAAGGUCACCUCCGUCCGCGUGGACGAGGACGACUAUGCCGCGCGCUCGGAGAGGCUGAGGGAGGCGGUGGAGGCGCUCUUCGAGGGCAAGCUCGAGGUCGACGUCGUAGACGUCCCGACGCCUUACGCCAUGGAGGUCCGGGUGAUGCCAGAGGGCCUGCGCGGGCGGCACCUGGUGGGCAGGGACGCGGAGUGCGUGGGCGCGCACACGGUCUUCUCGAAGCUCCAGUGCAGGAAGUGGCCGAACACCGAGCACGUCCUGCAGGAGCUCCGGGACUUCUGCCGCGUGACCGUGAAGAUCGCGCUGAUCGGCAAGGAGCUCAAGCCCGCCGUCACCCCGCAGCAGAGGGCCGCCUCCCACGAGGUGCACCGGAGGACGCCAGAGGGCCGUGCCGCGGAGCCCGCGGCGCGCGACGCCGCCGACGCCCCUCGGAGGGCGUCGGCGGAGGACAAGCCGGUGCCUCUGCCCUGCAUCGUCUUCCACUGCACGCACUCCGGCGGGCAGAGCUUCGAGCUGCAUUCCGACUCGGCCGGUGCCUGCGAGGCCCUCUUCUACCCAGGGCGCUAUGCCCUCCGCUGCGACGAGCAGUCCCGCUACGAGCGGAUGUCCCCGAGCGCGAUCGACGUGCCCGUGAUCUUCAAGACGCAGAGGUUCACGGUCACGGCGGUCCUCAAGAAGAAGUGCACCUUCUUCGUGGUGGACCACUUCGGCCGUCCUUGGGGCCGCUUCCCUCUGAGGCUGGAGCAGCGCGAGGGCGCGGGCGCGGGGCCUCUGACGCUCUGGACGCGGGUGAACGGCCGCGGCAGGGUGCGGCUCAGCAGGGGCACGUACGCCGUGUCCUACGACGGCGGGCCCGAGGGGAGCUGCUUGGCGCCCGCCGACUGGCCCGUGGAGGCCUUCGAGCAGGUGUUCGAGGUGAAGGAGACCGAGGCUCCCCAGUUCUUCCGGGUCUCUGUGCGGCGGCUGCGCUUCACCUGCGAGGUGGUCCUGCGAACUCGAUUCGAGGACCCGGUGCCUCACUGCCCCUUCAAGGUGACGCCACCGAACAGCAGGCAGCUGGUGAUGGCGGGCAGCACCAACAGCAUAGGUGUUGCCACCUGCGACCUGCCGGCUGGGAGCUUCGUCCUGAGACUCGCGCCGUCGGACCAGUCCGCCUUUGUUCUGUCCCGCGUGGAGGUGGAGGUGCGAGACGACGGCUCUUUCUCGCCACUGCAGGCCACGAUUGCGACCAAGACCGUCGAGGUCGACUUCAGGCUCGUCACCCCCGACGGCAGGCCUGCGCCCGACUGUGACUUCGCGCUCACCGCCCGGUUCCCGGAGGACGGCGGCGACGGGUUGAGCAGGCUGCGGACCGAUGAUCGGGGCGCCGUCAGGGCCAGGAUGCAGCUGCUGGCCCCGCACGAGUUCGUGGUGGCAAGGGCGGCGACGCCCACCGAGUACAUGCCACAGAGCUUCACGUUCCAGACGGAUCGUCGCGAGGUCGCGUGCGUGGUGGCGCGGUCUAUAUUCGGCGGGAUCGCGGAAAACAACGUGCUGUUCCUGCUAGACACCUCUGGGUCAAUGCAGGUCUACAUUGAGGACGUGCAGGCGGCGCUGAACCUGGUGCUAAUCCAGCAGUUCCGCAAGUCAUCGAAGCGUUUCAGCGUCCUCUCCUGCACGGGCAGGCAGGUAGAGCUGUUCCCAGAGCUUCGUGACAGUUCGGCGCAGAACCUGGAGGAUGCAAUGUAUUUCAUCGAGCGGCUGACCACUGGCGGUCAGAGCAAUAUCCUGGAUGCUCUGCGCCGUGCGUUCGGAUUUGAGGAUCUGGAGGGGGUCUACGUGGUGACCGAUGGCAAGUGCGAGAUCGGAGAUGCACUGCUCCAUUUAGUCCGCUCGCUGCACCGGAAGCACCGCGCCAAGCCCCGCGUGAACGUCGUGGCGAUCAACUGCGUCCCGGACCGCCUGAGGUGGCGGGCGCUGUCCGCGAUCUGUGCGGCGACCCGAGGCGAGUUCCGACCCGUGUGCCUCGAGCAGGACGUGAUAGACCCGGUGGGCAUGAAGGUCCGCGCCGGCGAGGCCGUGCCUGCCGGGGACGCGCUCGGAGAAGGGCUCGCCCCCCCCGCCCGGUGCCUCAUCGAGCGACCCGCCUCUGCCGACGGCACGGACGAGGGCGACGAGGAGGAGGACACGCCCGAGCUAAUCCUAGAGGAGGGGGGCGGCUACAGCGACGGCAGCUUCGAGGACGACGACGGGCACAGAGACCCUGCUACAGAGUCGUCCAGCAGCUCGGGGAGCUGAGGGGCAUCCGGCCAUGUCUUCCCUGCGGCCCGCGGUCCCGGGAAUGUGCAGCCCCCCCUCCCGCCCCUUCCCGUGCCCUGCUGCCUGCCUGUCGCGCGGUGAUGUGUCCUGCCUCCGCCUCCCCGCUCGCCACGUCUCCGCCUCGCUGCACUGUGCCGCCCGUCCUCUUGCUGAAAGCCGUUGGUCCCCCCCUCCCCCUCCUCCUCCGCCUCCCCCUCCUCGCCAUCCUGAGGUCCGUCUGCAAGUCCCACGCCGGCUUGACCAGACGGGCGCUGCCUCUUCGUGCCGCAAUCAUCCGACCCCCUGUGUAAGCCGUGAGUCCCGCGUGGUGAUGUCGAUCGGAGACAGGUGCGUCAGAGUAGCAAGUUGACAGUUUCGACGCCGAUGGGCCUCCGAUCCCCACUUCGAGCUCACGAGUAUUUCGUUGGCUUCGACGGUCG